UGCUUCUGUGGAAUUGAAUGCUUAGGGGGAAUUAAAGGGCGGGGUGGCAGACUGUGAAAUCCGUCGCUGCGUGAAGAGAGCUUGGUACCAGCAAAUCUCCCGCAGCAAGUGGAAUCGAACCUCUCUCUCCAUCAACCAUGAACCCUACACAGUAUCUCCUUUGUGUACUGAUUUCUUUAUGCCUUUAUCUUGCAAUGACGGUGGAGGCGCAGUCGCAAACGUUCACUGCCUCCCCCGAGAAGGAUCUCACCAAUGUGACUUACUUGGACUUCACAUCGACGGAAGUGGAGAUGGAUACCUUGGGGGAUACUGUGGGUCAGUCGGAGAUCGAACUGUCAACGGUGGCCGGAGAUUCUCAGGAGGAAUCAAGCAACUCCCAGCCAUCACUGCCUGAGAAUUCUGGGAUUCAGGAGGACCCAGCAACCUCUUCAGAAAGCAAGACUGCUGCAUCCCUCCUUCCACCAGUGCCAUUUUCAGAAGCCGUGACUGGUGAAUUGGAUGAACUGAAUCCAUCUGCUUCCACGUCGGAGCCUUGGUUUUCCCCGGCGGCCGUGACCUCACCGUCAGACUUUGCCGAAAUGUUGGGAUUGCCUCCCGCCUCGCCCACCAACACCAGGUUGACGAGACCUGAAUCUACGUCAGGCACAACGGACCAGCCCAGCAGCAGAUCAGCAGAGGGAUCCGCACCCGGGGGUCAGUGGGAGCCCACGGCCGCCCGCCCAGGUACACCAGAAGCACCUGCUGUCACCUUGGGCUUCACAGACACCGUCCUCAAACCCUCCUCUUCUUCGGUCCUGCAGCAACUCCUCCCGGGUGUGGUAGGGAUCACUGGAUCUGCUAGGACCCUCACCGUGGCCAAAGGCGCUGUCUCACCUGGAGGCCCUCCCAUUGGGAGUGGGACAGGGGUGGGCUCCGCCACCCCUGAUCCAGACCAUAGGACUGCCACGGAAGUGGAAUCCAAAGAAGAGGAGCCCGGACACCAUCCCGAGGAGGUCCAGGAGCCAGGAGUCCCCAUUGGCAGAGGAGAAUCUCAGAAGAUGACACAGGUUGUCUGCAGAGACUGGAACAAGCUGGCCGGCAAGAGUUACGUGAUCUUGAAUAUGACGGAAAACAGUGAAUGUGAAGUUUUUCGAUCCCACAAUGGACUGGAGUUGCUGAAGAUUGUGGCGGAAUCAUUCUCAAGAAAAGUGAGUACUCCCACGUCCUCUUGGCUGCUAUCCCUGAGCAAACCGAGUGAACACGACAAACAUCUCCUGAUGAUGCUGGCCAGCGAUAGAGGUACGAUACCAGCAAAGGAAGUUAUCGCCAUGUUGGGAGAUGUCAAGGAUCAUUUGAGAGAGAUCGGAAUCCAUAACAUCAGCUCAGCCAUGGGCUGCCAAGGGAGACCCAGCCAGCCUCGUGGGGAUUAUGGGAAGCUCUUCAUUGUGCUGGUUAUCAUUGGCUCGAUCUGUGCUGUGAUUAUCGUCUCGGGCUUUGUCUACAUCUGCUGGCAGCGGCGGCUCCCCAAGUUAACCCACAUGUCCCAUGGUGAGGAGCUCCAUUUUGUUGAGAAUGGUUGCCAUGACAACCCAACCCUGGACAUAACGAUAGACAGCACAGUGGAGAUGCAGGAGAAAAAGCCCAGCGUGAACGGCGAUGCCAUAGAACGUUCCGGAGGCUGGAAUGCUCUGGUGAACAAAAGGUCGAAAGAUGAGGGGGACAGUUUUGAGGAGGACACACACCUUUAAGGGCCUGCACCGCUUGAAGAUUGGAGCAGAGGCUCUCACUGUUUGGUGAACCCAAGCACUUUGCAACAGAGGUGCUGUUGUUUUGUAAGGAAUACUGCAUCCAUAAGAGUGUAAGGCAUAGGAACAGAAUUAGGCCAUUCAGCCCAUCGAAUAUGCUCUGCCAUUCCAUCAUGGCUGAUUGAUUUUCUCUCUCAGCCCCAUUCUCUUGCCUUCUCCCCAUAACCUUUGAUGCCAUUACUAAUUAAGGACCUAUCAACCUCAAUUUUAAAUAUACCCAAUGACUUGGCCUCCACGGCUGUCAUGGCAAUGAAUUCCACAUAUUCACCAUCCUCUGGCUAAAAAAAUUACUCCUUGUCUCUGUUCUAAAUGGACGUCCUUCUAUUCUGACGCUGUGCCCUCUGCUCCUAGACUCUCCCACUAAUGGAAACUUCCUUCACACUUGCAGUCUAUCUAGGCCUUUCAAAAUCUACAACACCCCCCCCCUUUAUCUUUGUGCUGUGGCAUCUACAGAAUACAAAGAUCAAAACUGGAAGUGGGCAGCCAACACUAUCUAGCCCCCAUCAUCAGUGAUUGGCAAAUAGAAGUUUGGCGGGGGGGGGCGGGGUUGGCAUGUACCAUGCAAGGAGGAACAGGAACUGCAGAACAGUUACCAGCUGUGGUCCAUCACAGAACUUGGCGUAACAUCUGGGGUAUUUUGAUAUUUUGACAUUUCUGAAUUCGGGCGGCAAGAUUACUUGAAGUUUCAAUCCAUGGCUGCCUCUUGUGUCAAACUCAAGCCACCUUCAGGUUGGAAGAGCAACAUCCUAUAUUCCUUCUGGGAAGCCUCCAUCCUGAUGGCAUAGAUAUCAAUUUCUCCUUCCGGUGAACUCUCCUAUCAGAUUCUUUCUUCUCCAGCACCUGACCUUUCCCACCCACCUGGCUUCAUCUAUCACCUUCCACCUAGCCUCCUUCCCCUCCCCCCACUUUUAUUUCAGGCAUCUCCCCAUCUUCCCUCUCAGACCUGAAGAAGGGUCUUGUCUCGGAACAUCCACUGUUCACUCUUUUCCGUAGAUGCUGCCUGACCUGCUGAGCUCCUCCAACGUUUUGCAUGUGGUACUCUAGAUUUCCAGCAUCUGCAGAUCUUCUCGCGUUUGUGAUUUACUUGAAGCCGGUUCAUUGUCUAUACAAAGGGAGUUCAUGUGGCUGGUAAAGUAGGUGUGUGCAAGGAUCUUCAUGUACAGGACCUGGCCUCUGCAUUAAUUGCCCAACCCUUGGUCAUUGACCUGAAACGUUGACUUGUUUCUCCUUCCCUGAAUGCUGACCGACUGGUUGUGCAUUUUCAUAUUUUAUUGCCCACCCCUACUGUCCUUGAGGCCAUUGCAGAGGGCAGGAUUAGUUUAGGUUUAUUUGUCACACAUACAUCGAAACACAGAAGUGAAGUGUGUCAUUUUGCAUCAAUGACCCACACAGUCCGAGGCAGCCCACAAGUGUCACUACACUUCCAUUUUCAACAUAGCAUGUCCACAACUCACUGACCCUAACUUGUAUGUCUUUGGAAUGUGGGAGGAAACCGGAGCAUUUGGAGGAAACCCACACGCUCAUGGAGGGAGGGGAUGUGUAAACCCCUUAGAGACAUUGGAUUGAAUUGAACCUGGGUUGCUGGCGCUGUAAAGCGUUUCGCUAACCACUACGCUACCAUACCGCUUUGUUCCUUCAGGUCAGGACAGCAGAUUUCAUUCAGUGAAAGAUGCUGUUGAACCAGAUGGGAUUUUACAACAGUGUGGUAGUUCAGUAACCACUUUUACUGAUGCUUUGCCUUAAGAUAGAAUUUCACAUUUGUUUGUGUAGCAUAUAAAUGCCGUGAAAAUGAGCUUUUUGCAGCAGCAGCCCAGAACAUAGAAUAGUACAGGCCACUUCCCACCUGGGGGAAUAUUCUCUGACUGUCAACUCUGCUUAUGCCUCUUAUUAUCUCAUACACCUCCAAGUACAAGUUACCUCUCAUCCUCCUUCACUCCAAAGAGAAAAGCCCUGGUUCACUCAGCCUAUCCUCAUACCACAUGCCUUCUAAUCCAGGCAGCAUCCUGGUAAAUCUCCUCUGCACCCUGUCUAAAGCUUUCACAUCCUUCCCAUAAUGAGGCAACCAGAUCCCAAGAUCCCUCUGCUCCUCCGCACUGUUAAGAAUCCUGCCAUUAACCCUGUAUUCUGCCAUCAAGUUCAACCUUCCAGAGUGAAUCACUUCACACUUUUCUAGAUUGAUCUCAGUCUGUUCUGCUUCCUGUCAGUGUCUCUUUCCUUUGAUAAUCUUCCACACUAUCUACAACACCAAGUACAUUACAAGAUGAGGACAAACAUAAGUUAACAGAAUCUUAAAUUACUAUAACUUACAAAAUCAACAACAAAAUGAACAAUAAUAGUGCAAGUAUUUGAUUUGAAGAUACAGUACAGUAACAAUCUCAACCAGCCUGCUCUACCCAAUUACACCCACAUGACCAAUUAACCUACUGACUCGCAAGUCUUUGGAAUGUGGGAGGAAACCAGAGCAUCUGGAGGAAACCCUGGUGGUCAUGGAGAGAAUAUAAAAACUCCUUACAGACAGUAGUGGGAACUGAACCUGGGUUACUGGUGCUGUAAUGGUGUUUUGUUAACUGCUAAAGCUGAGAGUGAAAAAUAUAUAGUCUGAGGCAGUGUUAGGGCUUUUUCAGGUUGGUUCCAGAAUCUGACUGCAGUGGGGAAGAAACGGUUGUUGUGGGUCUGUAGGCUGCUGUAUCUCGUGCCUGAUGGCAGCAUUGAGAAGAGCAUGUGGCCAGGAUGGUGGGAGUCCCUGAUGAACUGUGUUCUGACUUGUAAUGGACUAUCACCCCACUCCUAAUGUCUUUCCAUCAUGGUCACAAUAGACCCUUGAAGAGAACUUGAAGAAAUAAUGCUGAUGAUGAGAUGCACUCAUUGAGUGAGGUGCAAGGUCAUUUUUUGUCUCUUAGCAGAAGUUGUAUAACUGAGAAAUUGAAAAUAAUGGUUUGACACAAAUAUGAAACCUAGAAAGUUGCUUGACAUAGUGGGGAAAAAAAUCACAGUGGACUAUGGUUUUUGGAUUCUUAUUGUCACAGGUGGUGGGGUGGAGAUACAUCUAUACCAAAGGAAGUGUAAGAUGCUCCUUCCCUCCACUGGCCUGCAGGUCACCUGUGGGCAAGGUGUAGCUCCUGCUUAGUCCCCAAUCAGGGUCACGUGAAGACAUGGGAGCAGGUGGUGAAUGGUUGUAUGAGCUGCUGGUGCAUAUCACAAGUCCUGGUUAUGUGACCACUGACACCAGGCCGACAAUCUCAGAAGAGUAUUGAUAAUGGCUGGGGUCACCUGUCUUGUAAAGACACUGCCCAGAAGUCGUCAAAUGGCAAACCACUUCUGUAAAAAAAAUUGCCAAGAACAAUCAUGGUCAUGGAAACAUAGAAACAUAGAAAAUAGGUGCAGGAGUAGGCUAUUCAGCCCCUCGAGCCUGCACCGCCAUUUAUUAUGAUCAUGGCUGAUCAUCCAACUCAGAACCCUGCCCCAGCCUUCCUUCCAUACCCCCUGAUCCCCGUAGCCACAAGGGCCAUAUCUAACUCCCUCUAUAGCCAAUGAACCAGCCUCAACUGUUUCCUGUGGCAGAGAAUUCCACAGAUUCACCACUCUCUGUGUGAAGAAGUUUUUCCUAAUCUCGGUCCUAAAAGGCUUCCCCUUUAUCCUCAAACUGUGACCUCUCGUUCUGGAAAGCUCAUGACCACCUACAUCAUACAACAUAGCACGUAAUGAUGAUAAUUGUCACAGGUACUAAGGUAAAAAGAAAAAAAUGUUUUGUUUGCCAAAGGUACCAAAUAUUUAAUAACAAAAAGCUACCCUUUUUAAAUAACGGAACAGCAUUAGGCACCUACCAAUCUUUGGGAACUUCAUUGGCUACUAAUGAAAGAAAUAUCUUCUCAGGUGCCUCCGCAAUGUCUUCUCUACCUUCCACAAAGUACAAGAAUGAACUUGGUCACACCCUGGUGGAUUACCCAUCUUAAUGUGCUGUAAUGCUGCAAAUACCUUAUCCCUGGUGAUAUAAAUGUCCUGCAAAACAUCUUCACUUUUUCCCCCCUAUCACUUGAACAACCAUGAUUUUCUCCUCUGUAGACACUGAAGAGAAAUGGAUGGCAUGGUAGCAUAGUGGUUAGCAUAGGGUUCAAUUCCUGCUGUUGUCUGUAAAGUGUUUAUUCUUUCUGCCCGUGACUGUGUGGCUUUCCUUGAGAUGCUCUGAUUUCCUCCCGCAUUUCGAAGAUGAUACAGUUUAGUAGGCUAGUUGGUCACAUCACAGGCUCACUGUAUGGAAGAGCCUGUUACUGCGCUGUAUCCCUAAAUAAAUAAUAAAUUAUCGAGGUAGUACAAAGGGAAAACCAAUAACAGAAUGCAAAAUAUUGAAUGUUGAAAGGUCUUGACAGAGUGGAUGUUGCGAGGACAUUUCCCCUUGAUGGGGAAGUCUAAGACCAGAGUGAGCCUGCGAUGUUACCAGAAUUGGGGUUGUCCAUGUAGAACAGAGAUGAGAAGGAAUUUCUUUAGCCAGAGGGUUGUCAAUCUGUGGAAUUCGUUACCACAGGUUGCUGAGGCCAAACAAUUGGGUAUAUUUAAGGCAGAGAUUGAUAGAUCCCUGCUUAGACAGGGCAUGAAGGGAUACUGGGAGAAGGCAGGAGAUUGGGGCUGAGAGGGAAAUGGAUCAGCCAUGAUGAAAUGGUGGAGCAGACUCAAUGGGCCAAAUGUUUUAAUUCUGCUCUUGUACCUUAUGGUCUAAUAUUGUGCCACAGUUACUGAGAGAGUGCAGUACAGGCACACAAUAAGGCACAGGGUCAUAACGAGGUAGAUUCUGAGGUGAAAAGUUCAUUUUAUUAUAUAAGAGGUCUGUUCAAGAGUCUGAUAACUUUGGGAGAGAAGUCGUUCUUGAGCCCGGUGCUGUGUGUUUCCAAUCUUCUACCUGAUAGAAGGUGGGGAUGAAAGGGAAUAUUCAGGGUGAGGGGGGUCUUUACAUUGCUUGUAAUUGGGUUUUAGUUGUCAGGUGGAGUUUGUGGCAGGAUGUUAUGGCCUUCAACCAAAAUGGUGAAAUAGAUGGAACAACAUGGCAUGGUGAAACCCACCCGUUGGACCUGGGGUUGUAUGGAGCCAGCCAUCCUGAUCCGAAUCCCAAUCCUGGUCUUUUAGUUUUGGGAAGGUGUGUUUGUACGUAGCCAUACUGAUCCCAAUCCCAGUGUGUCAGUCUUGGGAAAGUGUAUUUGUACGGAGCCCUGAAAGAGGUAGAAAGUGCCACUAAAAUAAACAGCACUUAUUCCAUUCCCAAAGGGAAACUCUGAAAUAUUCCUGAUAAUUUUUCCCAAAGUGGAAAUAGCUAAACCGGGGGCAUGGUUUUAAGGUGAUUGGAGGAAAGUAUAGGUGGGGGCGAUGUCAGGGGUAAGUUUUUUGUUUUUUUUUAAAAACGCAAAGAGUGGUGGGUGUGUGGGACCAGAUAUAUUAGGGACAUUUGGCUGGACACACAGGUGAUAGAAAAAUGGAGGGCUGUUAGAGGGAAGGAUUAGAUUGAUCUUACAGUAGGUUAAAAGGUUGUCACAUUAUACAAGGGCCUGUACUGUACUAUCAUUGUUAAUGCGUUGGUGAGUAUACAUUCUCUAACUCAUCACCCAUGAAAUCCUACAUGCUUGUAGAACACAUUAAAAGCAAUGAUUUGUAGUGCUUGUAUUCAGAGUCCAGGCCAGUACUAACCAUAUCUCAUCAGGGUAGUGGGAAGGACGAUGAAUGUGAUGGGUCUCACAGAAAACAGCCUAUUUAAUGGGAAAAUCAUGUAACUGAGCACAGAGAAACUGUUUCAACAUCAGGGGAAGUGGAGUCUACAGCAACUUGUCCCAGUGAAAGCAGGGAAAUCGACCCAAAUAAGGUACAGCAAGUGGAGAAUAUUCUAUGCAAUCUCAGUAAGUCACCUUCUGACCUGGGACUCUACAUGAGAGAUUCGUAAGAAUAUAUGAACUAGGAGCGGGAGUCAGCCAUCUGGCCUGUCGAGCCUGUUCCACUAUUCAAUAAGAAUAUGGCUGAUUUGGCCAUGGACCUUUCCCCCCAUAACACUUCAUUUCCCUGCUAUGCAAAAAUCUAACUGUAUCUUAAAUAUACUUAAUGAGGUAGCCUCUAGUGCUUCCCUGGGUAGAAAAUUCUAGAUUCACUACUCUCUAGAAAAAGCACUUUCUCCUCAUCUCUAUCCUAAAUCUACUUCCUCUGAAUCUUGACACUAUGUCCUGUAGUUCUAGUCUCACCUACCAGUGAUAACAACUUUCUGUCCUUUAUCUUCAUAACUUUGUCUGUUUCUAUAAGAUCCAACCUCUUCAUUUUCUGAUUUCUAGUGAGUAUAGUCCCAGGCAACUCAAUCCUUCUCAUAAAGCUAACCCUAUCGUAUCUGAUGAACUUGAUGCUGCCUGGACUAUAAUAGGGGGAGAUUGGCCUCACUAGAUCUUUAAUCCCUGGAGCACAGGAGAGUGAUAGCUGACCUUAUGGCUGUUUAUAAAACUGAGGGGUAUGGAGAAGGUGGAUAGUCAGGGUUGGGGAAUCUAAAACAGAUACAAGACAGGAGAGAUUUAAAAGACCAGAGAUGUAACUUCUUUAACUUCUUUACUGAGGGUAGUGAGUAGCUGGAAUGAGCUGCCAAUGGUUGAGUUGGGUACGAUUGCAAUAUUUAGGAGGCAAUUGGGCAGGUAGACGCAGAGACGGGGCUUGGAGGGUUAUGCAGGCAACUGUGGCAAGCAGGGAGGUUGCUAGGGUUAGUAUGGACCACUUGGGCCAAUGGGCCUAUUUUGGUGCUGUACAACCUCAUCUGCCCAGCUUCCAAAGGCUCUCAAGUAAGGAGAGCAGAACUCCAGCUAUGGCCUCACUGGUACCCUGAUCACCUCCCUCGUCUCUGUUUCAUUCAUGUUUACCAGAACCUUCCAAAUUGACUUACUGGGAAACGAGGCGUUGCCGUAAGUCAGCCGAUGUUGAUUACUUCCCAAGCAGAGCGGUAAUGUUCAAAUAGACUUGGUUAAAACCUUGUGUUGUGUUUUUUGUAGAUCAUUUAGGGAGAUUGACCACUGUGAUAGUUAAUAAUUCAACUGUCAUUGUAUCAUGUCAUCAGCAGGACAGUAGAAGGCGAAUUAGACAACCUUUGCCCUCCUUACUCUAGUCACUGCUGUAUUCCUCUUGGAGAUGAUCACUUUAACUGAAAUAAAGUU